GGCGGAGCGCAGCGCUAAGAUGGCGGCCGGGCGGCGGCGGCGGCGGCGCUGAGAACCUUUGCUCUUGAAGAUGGUGAGUAGCCAGCCUAAGUACGAUCUAAUUCGGGAGGUUGGUCGUGGCAGUUAUGGUGUGGUGUACGAAGCGCUCGUCAGGAGGACCUGUGCCCGCGUGGCCGUGAAAAAGAUCCGGUGCCACGCUCCCGAGAACGUGGAACUGGCUCUGCGCGAGUUCUGGGCCCUUAGCAGCAUCAAGAGCCAGCACCCCAACGUCAUUCACCUGGAGGAGUGCAUCUUGCAGAAAGAUGGCAUGGUGCAGAAGAUGUCCCAUGGCUCCGGCUCCUCCCUGUAUCUGCAGCUCGUAGAAACCUCAUUAAAAGGAGAAAUAGCCUUUGACCCCAAAAGUGCUUAUUACCUGUGGUUUGUGAUGGAUUUCUGCGACGGGGGAGACAUGAACGAGUACCUGCUGUCGCGCAAGCCCAGCCGCAGGACCAACACCAGCUUCAUGCUGCAGCUCAGCAGCGCCCUGGCCUUCCUGCACAAGAACCAGAUCAUCCACAGGGACCUCAAACCCGACAACAUCCUCAUCUCCCGCGGCCGGCCGGACGCCAGCGACCCCGAGCCCACCCUGAAGGUGGCGGAUUUCGGGCUGAGCAAGGUGUGCUCGGCGGCGGGGCACAACCCCGAGGAGCCCGUCAACGUCAACAAGUGUUUCCUGUCCACCGCCUGCGGCACCGACUUCUACAUGGCCCCCGAGGUGUGGGAGGGCCACUACACGGCCAAGGCCGACAUCUUCGCCCUGGGCAUCAUCAUCUGGGCCAUGCUGGAGAGGAUCACCUUCGUGGACACCGAGACCAAGAAGGAGCUGCUGGGCAGCUACGUGCGCCAGGGCACGGCCAUCGUGCCCGUGGGCGAGGCGCUGCUGGAGAACCCCAAGAUGGAGCUGCUGAUCCCCGUCAAGAAGAAGUCCAUGAACGCGCGCAUGAAGCAGCUGCUCAAGGAGAUGCUGGCGGCCAACCCGCAGGACAGGCCCGACGCCUUCGAGCUGGAGCUCAGGCUGGUCAACAUCGCCUUCAAGGACAGCAGCUGGGACACGUGAGGGGCUGGGCCACCUCAGGGGGAGCUGCUCGCCUGCCUGGGGCUGAGCCCACAGCAGACUUGAGUUGGCCGGGGUGGGAGACCCCAGGGUGAUCCCAUGGUGGUCCCAGAGUAGCCCCAGGAUGGUCCCAGAGUGAUCCUAGGGUGGCUUCAGGGUGUUCCCA